AUGUCGAACCCGUUCCGGAAAAAGGUGCCGCAGGAGGACCGCACGCCGUCCCCGUCCAAGCCGAGCCUUCGCAUCACCAGUGGUGGCAACUCGCCGCUCCCCGACGACCGCUUCUCCUCCACCGACGCCCUACCCGCCGGGGCGCCCAAGCCGGUCAAGAAAAGGGUGCGGGUGCUGUCGCCGCCGCCGCAGUCGCCCGAGCGGCCGCUGGACGAUGGCGUGGCCGCCGCCCUCGGCGCCGCCGUCGCGGACCAUGACGCCGCGGGCCAUGGCCUCGGCCGCGACCCCUUCCUCGGUGCAUAUUCGACAGAUGACAGCGAUGCCGAGAGCAUCGCCACGUCUCGGCCAACCUCUGCGGCCGUGGGAGGGUUGGCCGCUACGCCCACGGCCCCGGCCGCAUCGGCAUCGGCUCCGUCCGGGCCAGCAGGACCCCAGGUGAAUCCAUUCAGCAAAACCCUGCACGACCUGGAAUCACCCAUGGACCCGGAGCUCGGGAAGCAGCAGAGGGACGAGGGCGAGGCCCUCAAGGCAGCCAAUGCCGCCGCCCGGCAGUCGCUCGACGUUGACGCCUUUCACCGCCUGCUCAUGACGGGCAAGGUCGAUGACCAGCCGCCGUCCACGCAGCAUGGCCCUCCGACGAAGACAAAUAUCGGCACGGGCGACAGGCCGUGGAACCCGCCCGACUCGUCAGACGAUGACGAGGAAGCCGAAUUCGAAGCCAGGCUUGGUUCGAGCUCGAAUCCGCCGAGCCCGAAUCCGCCGAGCCCGUCAAAGACCAGAAAUGAAAAGAAGGCUCCGCCGCCACCGCCGAGCUCCCGCCACGGCAAGUCGCUGCGGGACAGCGACCGUGUCCCUGCUCCGGACGCCGGCGUGUCUGUUCAUCGUCUGAUACCACCGACAAAUCUCAACAAACCACUACCCGUCUCCCCCGCCCGCACAAGCGUGGAGGAAGGGUCACCGUUCGACCGCGAGUCCGUCGGUAGAGUUCCAGAACCUCGACCGGUGGAUGUGGAUGCGCACGCGACACCUGGGACGCCACGGAGGAGCAGCAGCACCGGCAGCAGCAGCGGCAAGAAGAACGCGCCCGCCCCUCCUCCGCGAAGAACCCAUGGCAGGUCCGACACCAGGGGACAAGGACCCGGGCCCGCUGCGACCCCCCCGAGUCCCGAGCAGCGCCAUCAAACGCCGAUGAAGACGGCCGGUGGCCCCGACGAGACUCCUGCGCCCGAGUCCACGGAAGAGGCGCUCUCGUCGCGCCCGUCCACCCACGUUCCCGCUCCUCCGCCUCCGCGUAGACCGCACCCGGCAGCGAAGCAGGCACACCACGCGGCACCCCAAAGCACCCCGCCGUCCUCGCCGCCGACGGCGUACCCGGCAUCCCCGGACCUCACGAGACGAUCCUUCGACUCGGUCGUCACCCAUCAAGCCGGCAACACCAAGUCCUCUCCGCCUCCGCCUCCGCCGCCGCCGCCGCCGUCACGGAACACGUCGAUCCGUCGGCCGCCGAGCGUGCGCAGCGUCGAGGGCCUCAGACGGCACGUCUCCGUCGAGUCCAAACGGCCCGCGCGCGACGGCGUGCCCCCUCCACCCCCACCGCCUCGGCGAGAUCGGGUCAACAGCUCGGAAAGCAGGGCCGAAGGCCGGGAGAGAGCCAUGUCUGUCGCCGCUGGCCAGGACGAGGGGGUCGACGAUGCGGGUCAGGGCACCGACAUCCUCGCCGAUCUGAAUGCACUGCGGAGGGAGGUCGAUGCCCUCAGGGAUAGGUUCCGAGGAUAG